AAUCAUAACAACCACUUUUACGUAACAGUACAAUACCAUACGGCAACACCAAUCUAAACAAGCUGUAAAUCCAUCCGCCACCCUCACUCAGCUCCCCCCUUUCCAACAACCCAGCCGCCGUCGAGCAGAGCAGAACAGCCGCCCACCCCAUCUUCUCGCCUCUGCCAGCGAGACCACCCUUCUCCAUUCUUCCGGCAGCCGCCGGAAACCAGACGCAAAAUUCCUUCCUCUCAAAAACAAUAAAAAACGGCAGCCCCAACCUCUCAAUCCCUCCAACCUUAGAACAACAGGAGCAUACCCUAAUCUCAAAGACAAGAAACGAACCCUCCCCCCUCUCAUUUUCGGAACCUUCAGCCGCAACACACACCCAUAUAAACAGACACACACACAAAGAACGCCGGAAAUCAGCCACGCACCAGAUUUUCAAGCUUCGUCGAUCCUUUCACUCAUCCGAGCUUCUACUGGCUUCUCCUUUUCUCUCGAUACCUACCGCUGCUACUGCAUUAGCACACGUCGGUGGUGCAUCAGCAGGUGCAGCGUUGAACCAACGGAGUUGAGAUCGUAGUCUGAGGUUCCCGGAGAUAUUCGCGGUUCCGUCAAGGUCGUCGCCGGUUUGAGAUUUCUGUCGUGGUUUCUGGGUGACGGGUCUGUUCGUUUUUAACUACAGUGUCGGGUUCUUCUUGUAAACCAGUUGGAAGAUCUUUAAUAUAUUGAAAGGUUUCAAAGGUACUUUGUCUGAGAACUCACUUAGGGCAAAUUGGUUGCACUUGGGAGGCCUAUUUUCACAAGUCUUAGGCUUCUGCAAUGGAUUAACCUUGCCAUGCCGCAUCGUGCUGUCUCCGGCCAUUUUCUAUUUGUGGCAAAGCAUUGAUCAGGAACAGAAGGUGUAUGAUUGGGGAACAGUAGGUGCAUGACAAGUGAGUGCAUCCAUCACUCAGUGCACUAUUUAGUAUUUGGACUAACAACAGCUGCAAUACCCUCUUUGUCUUGUGGGAGAAUCCCCUCUGAUUAUUCUGGUUUGGCACAAUGCUCAACCUUAUUGGUAAACGGGGAUGUUUUUCUGCUGAACUAAAUACAUCAAUUGCAUUCUUGUUCAUAGAUUCUUCAGCAAUCUUGCAAUUGCAUCGAUCAAUGACCACCAGUAAAAGAGUCCAAGACAGAAGCAAGAAGAAGCGGGUGCAUGACCUUGAAAUAGCCACAGAAAAGCACAAGAUCCUCUCUAAAGUCCUAUUAAUAUUUGAAGUCCUCAAACAGGAGCCUCAAAAAAUCAUAUCUAUUAGGGAACUUGAUCAAUAUAGGAGGCAAAUAAACCUCCCGAAGCCCCAUAAAAUCUCAGCUUUUCUACGGAAGUCCCCAAAGCUCUUUGAACUGUACAAGGAUCAUAGAGGGAUUUUAUGGUGUGGUAUGACAAAGGAGGCUGAAGAUUUAGUCCAAGAAGAGGAGGCUAUUAUUGAACAGCAGAGUGAUAAAGCUGCAGAACUUGUAACUAGGAUGCUGAUGAUGUCCAUGGACAAGCGCCUUGCCUUAGAUAAGAUUGUUCAUUUCAGAAGAGAUUUGGGGUUGCCAAUGGAUUUUAGGAACCAUUGGGUGCACAGAUUUCCUGAGUACUUUAGAGUUGUUCAUCCAUUUAAACCUUAUGAUGAAAGUGAGUAUUUAGAGCUUGUGAAUUGGAGAUCGAGUUGGGCUAUGACAGAGUUAGAAAGGAAGGCGCUGGGUGGUAUGCAGGCCCCAGAUGAUCACGUAGCUGGUCUUCUUUCCUUGUCUUUCCCAAUGAAAUUCCCACCUGAUUAUAAACAAGUUUUGUCUAGAUAUAAGGGGAAGAUAGAGAAUUUUCAGAAGCGGGAAUACUUGUCGCCUUAUGCAGAUGCCAGGGAACUAAAGGCCGGAACACUGGAGUUCAAUAAGAGGGCGGUUGCAGUGAUGCAUGAGCUGCUGAGCUUCACAAUCGAAAAGAGGUUGGUGACAGAUUAUUUGACACAUUUUAGGAGGGAGUUCGUAAUGCCUCAGAAGCUGAUGAGGCUGUUGCUUAAACAUUUUGGAAUGUUUUAUGUUUCAGAAAGGGGUAAGAGAUUUCAUGUAUUUCUUAAUAGUGCUUAUGAAGGUUCUGAGUUGAGCGAGAAGCACCCUUUGACUGUUUGGAGGGAAAAGGUUCUAAGCUUUGUUGGAUACAGGAGGAAGAAGGAAACAAUGGAUACUCUUAAAGAUUUGCAGGAAUUCGUGGAUGAUGAUUUGCUUGAGAAUGAGUCAGAAGAUGAAAGAGUUCAAGUGGAAAAUAACGAGCAUAGUAUGGGUAGUUUGGAGGGUGAUUUGGAAGAUGAAUCCGAGAUGGAGAUUAAUGAAGUUUAUAGCGCAUACAGGGAAUGAGAAGUUAGAAGUGCAUACUAGCAUGAAGAAUCUUAAGAGGCCUAAGUUUUGUGAAAGCACAAGUUUUCAGCUUGUAGAAGACAAUAAGAUCUGUCAUGAUUAUCAGGAGAUUAAAAUCCAAGAAAGUACUCAGGUAUUGGCUGUUGGGGCUAUUCCUCGCUCCAUUCCUGUCAUUCUGAAGGAUGAUCUUGUUGACACGGUUAAAGCUGGAGAUGAUGUGAUUGUCACUGGGAUCUUAACCGCCAAAUGGUCCCCCGAUUUAAGAGAUAUUCGCUGUGACCUUGAUCCGGUACUAAUUGCCAACCAUGUAAGUUUUGGACUGAUUUCAAAGAUACUCCUUUAAAGGGUAGGAAUGCGAUUCUAAAAGGUAUUUGCCCACAGGUCUUUGGGCUUUUCACAGUCAAGCUUGCAGUGGCAUUGACGCUUAUUGGAGGUGUCCAGAUAACAAUUUUUUGGAAUUUGGGGUGUGAGAACCAGGAACUAUCAUUUUAAUGUUAACUUACAGAAAGUUGGAGCAACAAGUGUCCCAGUAAAUGCAUUAUUACCUUUCUAAAAAAAGGGUGUCCAAGGAAAUACAGAUAUAGUUAUAAAAGGAAACAAUCAAUUACAUAAGGAGAUAUAACAAUCUCUCUUGAGUUGGAAAACAUAAUUAUUUUUAUUUGAGAUACUGUCGACAGUUGGAGGGUAGGGAAUUACACCGUAUACAGUCAGAAAUGGCAGAAACUAGUUUGAUUAGUUUAAACUAUGCAGUAUCUUUAUGAUCAUCUACUUUAUCUUUCUGUUGCAAGAUGUCUUCACCAAUUUCACGUUUCUUCUGUAAAUACAUUGUGAGUCCUUGGUGCUUUGAUAACAGUGAAGCAUCUACUUGACAUUGGCCAAUAUCUGUAAGAAUCAACUCCUUGCGUUUAUACACACACCCACACACCCACCC